ACGGACCGUGAGCCCAAAUCUUUCGAAGCAGCGACCCGUUCAGGCCAGAAGUUGUCCUUUGUUCCACCUAUAAAUAACAACCCUAACGCAAUUUCGGACUCCUCUCUCAACGCUUCUGGUGUUUCGGAAGCGGUUUGGUUUCGUAUCUUCAUUCCAAUUAGGGUUGGAAAGAGUGGGCAGGGAUCGGACAACGUGAGUGUUAGUUCUACGUUCUCAUUUAAGACAGAAUUAAUUCGUGCUGAUUUUUGAACGGAUCUCAUAAAUUUGAGUUCAUUCUUGCUGAUUCUUUGAACGGAUCUCAUAAAGUUGAGUUCAUUCGGGCUGAUUCUUCUUAGAGCACAUCUCCAAUAUGGCUGCCACUGCGAUUCUCCCUUCUGCUGACACCCAACAUUUGGCAGAGGACCCAAGCCUCCCAAAGCAUUGGAAGGGUUUGGUUGAUGGCCAGACUGGAAAUCUUUAUUACUGGAAUACAGAGACCAACGUUACCCAGUAUGAGAAGCCUGUAAUUAUUAUGAUACCACCAAGCUCUGCUGGCCCUAACAAAUCUUUGAGUCCAUCGGUUGAGACGACUUUCAGGGGACACGUCAUAAAUGUUGAUUAUGAUGUAACUAAUAGAGGUAGCAGAAGUGGGUCAAUGAUGUUUGCUCCUGGGACAGGAAGUUAUCAGAGUGAUAAAAGCAGACUAGAUCGAAGUCUUGGGAUGGUUUCAUUCUCCUCAACAAUCACAGAAUCAGCUGAUUCUUAUCGUCAGCAGCAUGACAUAACUGUAUCUGGAAUUAAUGUGCCCCUACCUUUCACUUCUUUUGAAGCUACUGGUUUUCCAUCCGAGAUUCUCAGGGAGGUGGUGCAUGCUGGGUUUUCUGUCCCUACGCCAAUACAAGCACAGUCAUGGCCAAUUGCUCAACAAGGUUCUGAUGUGGUGGCCAUUGCAAAAACAGGUUCUGGGAAAACAUUGGGUUAUUUGAUUCCUGGGUUCACUCACAUCAUGCAUCAACGCAACAAUCCCAAACCUGGCCCAAAGCUCGGCCCAACAGUAUUGGUGUUGUCACCAACAAGAGAGUUGGCAACUCAGAUUCAAGCAGAAGUGGCAAAGUUCGGAAAGUCAUCCAGAAUUACUUGCACGUGUUUAUAUGGAGGUGCACCUAAGGGUCCACAAUUGCGAGACCUUGAUAGAGGUGUAGAUGUGGUGGUUGCUACUCCUGGCCGCUUGAAUGACAUUCUAGAGAUGAGAAGAGUAAACCUCCGUCAGGUUUCUUACCUGGUGUUGGAUGAAGCAGACCGAAUGUUAGAUAUGGGAUUUGAACCUCAGAUAAAAAAGAUUGUCAAGGAGGUGCCUACUAGUAGGCAAACACUCAUGUACACUGCGACGUGGCCCAAAGUGGUGCGUAGAAUUGCUGCUGAUCUACUAGUCAAACCUGUUCAGAUUAACAUAGGGAAGGUUGAUGAGCUUGCUGCAAACAAGUCCAUCACCCAGUUUGUUGAGAUACUUGCACCUAUGGAUAAGCACAGGAGGCUUGAGCAGAUAUUGAGAUCCCAAGAACCAGGGGCCAGGAUUAUAAUAUUUUGCGCAACAAAGAAAAUGUGCGAUCAACUUGCACGCAACCUAACCCGCCAAUUUGAGGUGGCUGCAAUUCAUGGAGACAAAUCUCAGGGAGAGAGGGAUUAUGUGCUGAAUCAGUUCCGAUUGGGACGAUCACCCGUGCUUGUUGCCACUGAUGUUGCUGCACGUGGGUUGGAUGUGAAAGAUAUCCAAGUGGUGGUGAACUUUGACUUCCCGAUGGGAAUAGAAGAUUAUGUUCAUAGAAUUGGCAGAACAGGACGAGCUGGUGCCAGUGGACAGGCAUUCACUUUCUUCAGUGACAAGGAUGCAAAACAUGCAUCAGCUCUUGUCAAAGUACUCACUGGGGCUAACCAAAUUGUCCCUGCUGAAAUUCAUAAUAUGGCAUCACGGGGUGGCAAUGUAAUGGGCAGGCAAUGGGGUUCUCGCCCUAAUCAACGCGGAGGUCGCUGGGGUGGUGGUGGACGAGACACUGGAUUUGGCAGAGGAGGUUAUGGUGGUGCAAGGCGCAGUAGAAGCCCGCCUAGAAAUUUCGUGUGAUUUGUUAGAGUACAAGCCUGUUAUGACGGAUUCAAGCCAUACCCGUGAACAUCUCGAUGGUUACCUUCUGCUGUACUCUGUAUUUUUUGGCCACAUAUGAGGCUAGUGAGUUUGGUUUCGUGAUGCUGGCCGAUUGAUAUUGUGAUAAGUAGUUUGUGGAUUUGUUUGUUUACGAUCAUUAAAUUUCUUAAAUUUGGAUUAUUGUUUAUGUUAGUACACGUUUUUUCUUUGGGACAUAUAUCUUGAUUUCUCUGGAUCUAGGUAGGGG